GCUUUAGCUGAAAAAUUUUUUAUUUCUUAAAAAAAGUCUUCUGUUUCAUUUCAUAGAAAAGAGGAACUGGAAAAAAAAGGUUUGUCUUUUUGUUUCCUUUGGAUUCCAUCUACUAAUUCCUCUUUUCUUUCUCUUUCUAUCCUCUUCUUCAUCAUUUUAUAACCGACUCAGGUCUGCUUUUUUUAAUAGACAUCAAAAAUGAUUUAGAAGUAAAUCAUAAAAGAAGGGAGGUGGUUUCGCCAUUAAUAGAAGUGUAUUGAAGAGCUACUGAAAUUUUGUUGAAGAAAAGAUUGAACAACCAAGUCCCGUAAGUGAGUUUUAGUUCAGGUUUCUUCCAUGGCAACUGGUAGAAACAACUCGAGCCAACUUGAGCAUCAACAACAUCAGCAUCAUCAGAUACAAGAGCAUAACCAUCAUCAGAUUCCUUAUGCCAUAUUUCCAUCAUCUCCAUCAUCAUCCUCAAUCCCCCCAUCUGGAAACUUCAUAAGCAAAGAUAGCGGAGCUUAUGAUUUGGGAGAAUUGGAUCAAGCACUUUUCCUCUAUCUCGAUGGACAAGACCCAUCUUCAGCUUCUUCAAUUCAAGAGCAAAAGAAUUCUGGGAUCAGGCCUCCAACUCUAAAUAUUUUCCCAUCUCAACCGAUGCACGUCGAGCCAGCUUCAUCAAUGAAGGGAACGAGUACAGGAUUAGUUUCUCCUGCAACGAGUGGUUCAAAGAGACCAUCAGAGCCGACGACCAUGGAGUUGGCCAACCCCAGAAAAGACACCGCUUCUGCACCUGAACCGGCUAAAGCCAUCAAGCACCAGGCGAAUCGAAAAGGUCUUACUACAACAAGUUCAGAUCAAGAAGGACCAAAAACACCAGACCCUAAGACAUUGAGAAGACUUGCUCAGAAUAGAGAGGCAGCAAGGAAAAGCAGAUUAAGGAAAAAGGCUUAUGUGCAGCAGCUAGAAUCCAGUAGGGUUAGACUUGCCCAACUUGAACAGGAGCUUCAGAGAGCCAGAUCUCAGGGCAUACUUUUUGGUGGAGGCAUUCUUGGGGGAGAACAAGGUCUUCCUGUUGGUAUUAGCAACAUUAGCCCAGAUGCUGCAGUGUUUGACAUCGAGUACGCGAGGUGGCUGGAGGAGCACCACCGUCUGACGUGCGAGCUCCGUGCUGCGGUACAGGAGCAUCUGCCGGAGAACGAGCUACGGAUGUUUGUGGACCAUUUCGUGGCUCACUAUGAUGAGAUGAUUAAUCUAAAGAGCUUGGUGGCCAAGACUGACGUCUUCCAUCUCGUCUCCGGCAUGUGGAAAACUCCGGCAGAGCGGUGUUUCUUGUGGAUGGGCGGAUUCCGGCCUUCCGAACUCAUCAAGAUCGUAUCAAGUCAGAUUGAGCCAUUGAUGGAGCCACAAAUAAUGGGCAUUUAUGCGUUGCAACAAUCGACACACGAAGCAGAGGAAGCUCUAUCACAAGGGCUGGAAGCACUGCACCAGUCGCUUUCGGACACAAUCACCUCAGACUCAUUGAUUUGUCCACCCAACAUGACAAACUACAUGGGUCAAAUGGUCAUAGCCAUGAACAAGCUCUCAACCCUCGAGGGUUUUGUAAGACAGGCUGAAAAUCUGAGGCACCAAACCAUACACCGGCUGCAUCAGAUCCUGACAACCCGUCAAGCUGCAAGGUGUUUUCUGGCUGGGGCCGAGUACUUCCACCGCCUCCGUGCCCUCAGUUCUCUAUGGCUGGCUCGUCCUCGCCAGGAACAAUGGAUAGAAAAACCCUAGCCUAGGCCAUAUGUAGCCACUUUGAUAUACACCUCUUAAUUUACCUUAAUCUCUUAAUCAUAUCAUUUUUUUUUUUUUUUGAAAAGCCUCUUAAUCAUAUCAUUGACUUCAAUGAUAUUAAUUUCCCUUUCCUUCACAGAGUUGUAUAGAUCAUAUACAGAAAAAAAAUAGGGAUUUAAUCUAAAUUAAAGCGGUAAAACUUUAGAAGUCUCUCUCUAAUUUCUCUAGAGUUUAAUUUCGUGCUUGGACAGAAUUCAUAUUCCGGAGGAGGAAAAAUUGAUUUGGCAGCCAUUUCUGACUGGGAAAUGGGGUAUGGAGGCGGAGAGGAUCAGAAGGCAUUGAAGAGUUGGGUAUUUGAUUUUUUUGGUUGGUGAAUUUGUGUAAGAGGAAAAAAAUAAUAAUAACAAGGGAAUUUUGGGGGAUGUAGGGAUAGCCUGAUAGGGUAAAAUUGGCCCGCCUGCGGGAACUCAAGGCCUAGGGUUUGUUAUUACCUUAUUGGUCCUAUAGAUGGAUCCAUGGGAACGCAAAGGGUAAUUCAAUUGACCUUAUAAUUGAGCUUGAACUUUCCCUAUUUACAUUCUUCAAAGGUUUGUUUUGAACUUUUUUCAUUGUCAAAACUUAAGUCAUAAGUGACUGUUGUUUGAAAUGAACCGCAUGAAUAGAU